AUGGAGAAUGCAAAUAAUACCAGAAUUUAUCAUUUGAAAAUGUAUAGAGAACUUCGGAUAGUUACCCUUGAAAAACCAUUAAAAAACGAAGAAAAUGAGGAAUGUAUAAAAAUUAGAAUAUUUCCAAUUCAAGGGAAUAAUAAUAAUGAUGAGGAUAAAAAUACACAAAUGUGCAUAGCUGAAAUUUUUGGAAAAGAACUAGUAAUUGAUAAAGACUAUUAUUUUGGAUAUAACGAAAAGUUUUCUAUAUAUACCUUUACUGGAUGUAUAGUUCAAAUAAAAGGGAAAACAUUACAAGAAUAUGAAAGUAAAAAUUCUACAAUAAAAGAAUAUUUAUCUUUAUCUUAUGUUUUAGAUGCUUAUAGAAAUUUAGCAAAAAAAAAAAAAAACAUUGGGCCCCGAGUAUUGAUAACAGGAAAUAAUAACUCUGGAAAAAGUUCGGUUUCUAUGCUUUUGCUAAAUUAUGCAUUAAAAUCAGGAUUUAAACCUAUUUAUAUAGAAGCCGACCCAAAAGGGAAUUGUGAUAAAAUGGAUAUAAAUAGAGGCCCCGGAAUUAUGAGUUGUUUUAUAUAUGAUAAUAAUGAAGGAAAAAAGAAUGACAUCAGUUUAAACACUAAUAAUUCAAAUAAUCGUUGUAGAUACGCAUUGGACUAUUUCUUUGGUUAUUUAGACAUAUUAGAUGAUAUAAAUUUGUAUUAUCAUAUUAAUGAAUGUAUUAGUAGUUGUACAUAUUUAAUGUUGUUAAAUAACUUAAAUUAUUAUUCAGGAAAUUUAAAAAAUAAUGCCGACCAAGAAAUUAUUUAUUCUUCUGGAUUUAUUUUGAAUGUACCAUCUGAGGCUGAUAUUAAAAUUAUAAAUAAUUUAAUCGAAAUAUAUAAUAUAAAUAUAGUUGUUAUUAUUGAUAAUUCUUUUUUACAUUAUUCAUUAAAGGAAUAUUAUAAUAAAGACGAGACAGAAGCUAGUUUGGAAAAUUGUAAUAAUUCAGAUAAUAUUCAAAAGUUUGUUGAAAAUGUUGAAAAAAAAGAAAAAGAAUAUAAUAAUGUUGGAUUAUAUAAGUCAACUAAAAAUAUUAGAUAUAAUAAAGAAGAGGAAAUCAAAUUUGAAAGAAAAAAUGAUGAUUUUCAAACAAAUAAUAAUGAAUAUAAUAGUGAUAAUGUUAAUAAAAUAGAAAUAAUUGAAAUGCCUAAAUAUGAAGGUGUUAUACCCUCUGAUAAUAGUAGGGCACGAUAUUGUAGGCAUUUAUGGUUUUAUGAUUAUUUUUAUAAAAAUAUAAAUUUUAAUAAUGCAAUCUAUAAAAAAUGUCACGUUAUAACAAUUAAAUAUAAUCAAACAAGUUUUGUCCGAUUAGAUACUAAAUUAGCAGUCCCUUUAUCUGCUUUACCUGCAGAUUGGCAAAAUAUAAAAAGAGAAAUUGUUCAUGUAACUAGCUAUAAUGGAGAUAUAAAAAAUUUAAUGAAUUGUAUUUUAGGGAUAUCUUAUUCUAAAAAAAUAAAUUAUGUCCAUCUUAUGAAUAUAGCAGGUUUUGCACAUGUACAGAAUGUAAGAAAAAUAGAAACAGAUAAUGAUAACCAAAAAAAUGAAGAUAAAGAUUAUGAUAAUAAUAUUGAAGAAAUCGAUAAAAAUAGUAGUGACCAAAUAACAAAUGAUUUUUUUAUUGAUAUUAUAUGUCCAGUUUCUAUAACAACAAAAAAUAUACCACCAUAUUUUAUUGUCCCAGGAAAUAUGAAGCAUAUCCGAUUUUAA